AUAUCUCUUUUUCUCUCUGUAUAUAUCUUUCUAUCUGCCUCUGCUCCACAUUCAUUUCAUUCUCUUCACUUCACUUCAGACAGAAGAUCCAUCACUCAAUACGACAAUCUAUUCCGUCGUAUCAUAUAGCUUCAUAGAAAAUUGAGCCAUUUUCGGCUCUGUAAUGUUCUAUACGCUAUUCGAAUUACCAGCCCUUUCCGAAGCAGAAGAGAUUCAAGUUCAAGAGAUCCAGUGGGAGAAAGAGCGAUAAACCUAACUUUUCCCAAAACCAAUUCCAUAGUAAUUCACGUCAAAUUCAAUUGCACUGAUACUGAGACGAUGACAUCGCCACAUGUUACAGAUGACCCGACACAGACACAACAAAGAAUCAAAGAAGGGUUGGACAUGGAUGGGAAGGUUAUGAAGGAAGCUGAAGUGGCGGACGUUGGGAAAGUUGUGAAAGAAACUGAAGUAUCGGAGGUGGACGCGGUUUCCACUGCAAAAUGUUGCUGCUGCGGACUGGUGGAAGAGUGCACACUCGCAUACAUUAUGCGCGUGAGGGAGAGAUUCGGUGGAAGAUGGAUAUGUGGAUUGUGUUCCGAGGCUGUGAAGGAAGAAAGAGCGAGAUCAAAGAGUGAGGAGAAGCUAAUCACAAUGGAUGAAGCUCUAAAGCGGCACACCAAAUUUCGACAGCAGUUUAGGUCUUCUGCUACUGAUAAGAAAGACUUCAUAGAUGCUGUGAAACAGAUUUUCUUUAGGACUUUGGAUUCUCCUAGGAAGAAGGAAAGUUUUGCUUGUAGACCUCUUGGUAGAUCCAGUAGUUGCUUCCCAACAAUGGAAACAACUCCGCCGAGGACGACAGAGACACACACAGAGUGAUUGAAUUCAUUGAUAUUCAUCGGGUACUAUUGUUAUAAUAUAAAGGUAAGAAUAAGGAUAGACAUUGGACUGUUAGAAGCAUUGUUGGUGGAUCAGGGUUUAGUUAGAAAUAGCUGUGUAUUCUGUUAUGCUGUUUUUAUGUUUUUAGUUCAGGUUGUUUUGUUUCGAAGAUUAUGGUUUAAGUUUUAUUUUCGGCAUUGGUGAUUGAAUGGAUGAUGGUUGAAAGGAGUUUUCCUUCCUGGACUUCAAUCACUUGGUUGUAAUUUCAUUUUGAUACUAGCAAUUGAAUUUUAGUUUUCCCA